AUCAGUUUCAAACCGUCGAGUAACGUAAAAGUGUGUGUUAUUCUGUGUUAUGUCUAGCAUAGCAGGGUUUGCUGAUUUAUGAGGUGCUUGCUCGGCUUAGCACCUGACUAUAGUUUUAGAUUCAUGCAUGAGUGACUUGGUGUGUCCUUUAAAUUAAGGAAUUUUUACGAAGAAAAAAUUCGUUAGUUUGUUGUCGCGCAGGGCUCAGAUUUCAUCAGUAAGUUCGACGGCUAAAUCACUACCCCCGCACGGUUCACUACCAUAGAAUACAUCCACACCGAACAUUGUUGAAACAACUCUUCAAACAUACUGAACUGGCUAAUCAAUCAGCCAGGCAGAAAUGAAAAUAAAACUCAAAGGUGACGCGCAGUUCAGUUGUAUUUCACACGUCCUACUCAGUAUUGCAAGUGCACAGAUCGUUCGUUUCAAAAAAACAAGCAAAAGUGAAUCUACCAGUGCCAGUCGGUAGCUCCGAAAUUGCAACAUCCAGGAAGUUAACCGCUAACCUAGCUAGCGUUUGUUUUCUUCACACGCCAAACAGGUGUUUACACUAUAACGCUCCGACUCCGACGAGAGGGGUCAGCUUAAACCGCUCUAGUGUGCCGUAGCUGCUGCUGACAGCGCGGAUUUCCAUCCAGGCGAUAACCUACUAACCUGUGUGAAUCAAAGGCAAAGGCGACAACCAGUGAGUGAGUGAGCGAGCGCCUCUGGAAGCGACAGUCAAAAUCGUCGUCGAACGUAUUGUGAAAUUUCACAGUCAUUCCCAGCCCGAGAGCAGGGAGAAUGCUGUUAGGUUCCGUGGUCCAUUCAGACGCGGUUAUCAGUUGUAGAGGAACAGCGACAGCGGAAGAAGCAACCGCUGGUUUCGGCGAACGACGACACAUUCGACGAGCAGCGACGCACAAUAGUCAUCCCACUGGACGGUGUAGUAAUCCUGGGCGCCGACCUUCAUUCAUAAGGAUGUGUUAGAUAGAGGCAGGUGUGCUGGCCACUGAUAUCUUUUGUCUUGCCGCAGUCUGAUUCUGCGAAAAAGUCCACGAUAAGACAAGCCUAGGUGAUAAGAAAGGUGGAAGCCUACCACAACAGUAACCACCAAUCAGCAGCGUUCGAGGGGAUCGCCCAACCAACCAGGUUAUUGAACUUUGGCCGUUGAUCGGCAGAGCUUAAAUUAUCGUCGCGCCAUUUUUUCCGAUUAUACUAGUAGCAAUGCCCACUAGCAGUACACUAUCGGAUGUUAUCAAAUACCCGCGCGCACUGUUUCGGAUAGUGUUCGUAAUAGUGAACAACAUAUACUGCGUUCCGACAUAUCUGGUAUGGAUGUUUCUGCUGUUGCCGUUGAAAAAAAUCCACGAAAACUUCUACUAUCAGAUCGAGGGUGUCCUGUUUCAUUGGCUGUUGGCAAACGUUGCCAUGUGGUCUUCGACGCUGGGAUACGACUUGGUCGAACUGGGUGACGACAUUUCUCCGGCACUGGACCAGCGUACGCUGGUGAUAGCCAACCAUCAGAGUACGUCGGACGUUCCGCUGCUGAUGGCUGCCUUCAACGCAAAGCGAAACGUACUGCCUAACAUCAUGUGGAUAAUGGAUCGGUUGUUCAAGUAUACCAACUUCGGUGCGGUCAGUUUGAUGCAUAAGGACUUUUUCAUUGCUUCGGGCAAAUCGAAUCGAGACAAAUCAAUCACGGAGCUUAAGAAUCAUCUCAGAGAAUCAUACAUUCCUCGCGAACGAAAAUGGAUCGUGCUUUUCCCGGAGGGAGGUUUUCUGCGUAAACGAAAGGAAGUGAGCCAAAGAUUUGCAGAGAAAAAUAACCUACCAGUAUUAAGUAACGUUACCGUACCACGGGUUGGCGCUAUGAAAGCGAUCAUCGAUGUGCUCGGUUCGCCGCAAUCGCCCUGCCGGAGAGGUAACGCUAGCGUUAACGUCGUUGACCAACCGCAGACAACAACAACAGCAGCAGCAGACUGCACUGCAGCAGCAGACCCGAAUAAGGAGGCCCACGGUAUAACCGAGGCAACAAGUCUGCUAGUGUCAACGUCAAUGUCAACGUCAGAGUCGGAACAGCAGCAGAUACCAAAGCAGAACGUUAGCACUGCUAACAACAACAGUAGCAGUACCAUAAUCAAUAGUGAAGCAAUAAUUACCGAUGACUGUGAUAAUUUUAAGGAUUCACCUUUCACUAAGCUAAACGGAAAGCUGAACGACUGUUUAGAGUACAUCUUGGACAUUACCAUCGGGUAUCCCAAUGGGAAACCACUAGACUUACCAAACAUUGUGCACGGGCUUCGGAACCCGUGCCAGACGUAUUUAUUCUAUAGGUUAUAUCGUAGUUCGGAGGUUCCCCGAGAUAACGAAUCUCUCACGCGGUGGCUGUACGAUCGGUUCUUCGAGAAGGAGAAACUGCUGGAGGAAUUCUACCGGACCGGAAUGUUUCCGUGCGGCUCGUCGGCAACGCUGCCGACCGUGGUGCAGCAGGACUUGCUACGAUUCCUUCUGAUCCAUCUGUUCUUCAUUACCUCCAGCUAUGUCCACUAUCAGCUGAUCCUGAUGCUGAUCAACUACUCGAAUGUCAUGUAUGUGUCGCUGCUUAGCAACAGCUAAGCCUAACGUUAGGGUGUGUCUUUUCCGAAAAAAAGGAUAAAGAAGAGAAAAAAAACAACGUUUCAAAGACUAACACAGAAGGCAACUCAAACUGGUCACACACAAAAUUGCAACAAAACAGUUGGCACGAGUGAUUAUUUAAAAAAAACGCAUAAAAACAAGGGAUGCAAUCUUAUGAAACUGCAACUAGCACACACAAAAAUCACUCACAUACACGCAGAAAUAACGCAGCUGGAGAGAAAGAAGAAAAAAAACAAGUAUUUGCAUACAAUUAUAAUAGGUACCUCGUUUCCCAGUGUUCCUUUGGUGUAUAAUUCAAACGGUGCAAAAUGUUCAUUCACAAAACAAUUUUAGCCGAUAGAAGUCGUUUUUGCCACCUCGUACAACCGUACAACAACAGAUCUACUAGCAAACAGUGUAUGUGUGUGAAAUCCAACAAUCGUUUUUUUUUAAUCCAAAUAAUGGUAGGUAUUAUCUAUCAGAUCACAGUUGAAAACAGCAAUGUGAAAGACAAUUAUUGAGUUAAUGACUAACAGAUCUUAAUAAACGGACAACCCUUACUGACCUAAAGCAUCGUUUCUAGUGUACAAUAAAUAGUAAGCUAAUCGGUAACAACAAAAUGUGUAAAUUCGGCUCAUUAACUGGUUAAAACAGCUGAGCUGACUGUUGCAAAAUGGGCCCGGACUUUAGUGGAUAAGUUAAUUAACUGAAACUCGGUUGUUUCCAGUUUUUUUUAAACUAUUAAAAUAUUUUGUAAAUAUAUUCGCUUACCCGUCGGGACACAAUCGGAUCGAUUUAAAACGAGCGCUAGAGGAAGGAGUUGCCAGUGAGCGUUCGAAGCCAUCUGCAGACGUUUUAGGUUUGACGCGCACAUUGCAGGGAUAAAUGUAGCACAAAUAAUAACACAAAUAAUAGAAAACUUGUUUGAUUCCAAGUUCCGAACCGGAUAAAAACUUUUUUUUUUUGUUCAGGUUAAUUUCCUCUACACUAUUAUUAUAAUAGGACAGUUAGAUAUUCUAAGCGCAGCAGGUAAUCGAGUAAGACAUGUUCCUUUUAAUUUGCUUUGAGAAAGUAAAUGCAAAAAAAAAAACAUGGAGAAUAAAGCGUCAUUCCCUCGUA